UUUAAAUGAGUCUGUGCUCAACACAAAAAUGCAAGAAUGAAACAAAAAAAAAUGCAAGUAAUGGACCCCAUGGAAAGCGGUGCACCCCCGGCAGAAAGGCACAAAAAUCCAGCAAAGCAGAGCAGGAGGAAACACAAAUCUUCCAAAUCCAGAUUAGGCGAAUAGUUAAUGAGAUCUCGAGAGUUAAAAUUCCCCCUGAAUUUUCCGUGGGAGUGGAAUCAACCCCCCCCCUUUGAUGCCUCAUCCGUAUUCAACGGAAAAGAGACAAACCUGGUCUUAAAAGAACCACUAAGAAAAAUUCUAAGAACCAAUUUGAUUUUUGCUAAACGGUUUCUCUCUCUCUCAAUAUUUGUGUGGGUUUUGUUUUUUUUUUAAAUCCAGAGUCCUUUCAGUGUAAACGAAUUCACACGGAUAUGUUUUGUUUAAGAUUCUUUCCCUGAAUGUAGUGGUUGUUUAAAAAGAAAAAAAAAAGAAAAGAAAAGAAAAAGAACCCUCCCCAGAAAGAGACACAAACCUCCCCCCUGCCUAUUAAAAUAAUAAUACAAAAAAGCGAGACUCGGGCUCUGUCUCUUUAACGCGCGCUCCCGGCGCUGCCGGCGCGCCCCCGGCUCUAUAACUGGAGUGCAUGGCGUUGGUUUGGGCUCAGAGGCAGAGGGAGGUGGGAACCAUCUGAAACGCUUCGGAACUGAACGGUUUUGUAAUCGAAGGGACAAAGCCAUCCGCGUAACUCCCCCCCGCUGGAUCUGGGAUUUUUCCUGCAUGGAGCUGCUGGGCCGUACCCGAUUUUGAAGGAUUGUUAUUGGGGUUUCUUUUAUUCCUCCACGUCUCUGCUUUGACACCUUCCUCUAGGCCUCCCCCCCCCGCACAGAUGCUAGUUCACACUUAUUCAGCCAUGGACCGUCCCGAUGGGCUGAACGGGGCCUCGACCGGCGGCCGCCUCUCCCAGCUCUCCUCCCUGAACCAGGCGGCUUACUCCUCGGCUCCCCCGCUCUGCCACACGCCGGCCUCGGACUUCCAGCCCCCCUACUUCCCGCCGCCCUACCCGCAGCCCCCCAUGCCCUACUCGCAGAGCCAGGAGGCCGGCUACCCGCACCUGGGGGAUCCGUACAGCACCAUCAACCCCAUCCACCAGCACCAGCAGCCCGGCUGGCACUCGCAGCGGGCCCGGCAGGAGGAAGCGGGGCUGCUUUCACAGACCCACCGGGCGCUGAGCCUGGAUCCCCGCCGGGAAUAUCCGGGGGUCCCCCGCCUGCUGCACGGGCUGGCCGAUGCGGGCCACGGGCUUGGAGACGGGCCGCUGGGCCUCCAUGGACUCGGACAUCCCAGCCUCGAGGACAUCCAGGCUGUGGAUGAUGCCGGGCUGAAUUUACUGGAUCAGUCGGUGAUCAAGAAAGGAAUGUGCCAAGGGAUAAAUAUUAACCAUCCGGGGAAUGUGAAAGAAAGCCCUGACGUCGCUGCUGUCUGGAAGCAGCUCUGCUUUCCUAGCCCAUACGUGCCCAUCCCCUCGAAGGCAAACGGCACGACCAUCUCUGCCCUAUCGAUGAACAAAGACAGUUUGAUUGGAGGGGUGACAAAUCCCAACGAGGUCUUCUGCUCCGUGCCUGGCCGGCUCUCCCUUCUCAGUUCCACCUCUAAGUACAAGGUGACUGUCGGGGAGGUGCAGAGAAGGCUCUCCCCACCAGAGUGUCUCAAUGCCUCUCUUCUCGGGGGAGUCCUAAGGAGGGCAAAAUCAAAAAAUGGUGGAAGGUGUUUAAGGGAAAGAUUGGAGAAAAUAGGCUUAAAUCUACCGGCAGGAAGGCGUAAAGCUGCCAAUGUCACUUUGCUGACGUCGCUGGUGGAAGGUGAAGCGGUUCACCUCGCCAGGGAUUUUGGAUACGUGUGUGAAACAGAGUUCCCAGCGAAGGCAGCAGCGGAAUAUCUGUGCCGUCAGCACUCUGAUCCCAGCGAACUCCACACCCGGAAAAACAUGCUCCUGGCUACCAAGCAAAUUUGUAAAGAGUUUGCAGACUUGAUGGCCCAGGAUCGUUCUCCGCUUGGGAACAGCCGCCCGUCUCUCAUCUUAGAGCCAGGUGUCCAAAGCUGCUUGACUCACUUCAGCCUGAUAACCCACGGCUUCGGGGGUCCAGCUAUCUGUGCAGCACUCACAGCCUUCCAGAACUACCUGGUGGAGUCCCUCAAGGGUUUGGAUAAAAUGUUCAUGAACAGCACAGGGAAUGGGCAUGCAGCUGGAGACUCUAAAGCAUCAGAGAAAGAAGUGAAACAUCGGAAAUAACAUGCUGUCUCCCUCCCCCUCCCCACUGGGGGGAGCUCUUCCCAGCUCAUGAUAGGAGGUCUGAUCUUAUUGGUGUUAGAAAAAAAAUGUUUUCCGAACUACGAUGUUUGAACUUGAGAUGCAACUCUUAAAGCAAACAAAUAAACAAGAAGAUUUAAAGAAUUUAAGAAAGAAGAAGAAGAAAAAGAAGAAGAAAAGAACCUUAAUGGACAUCACUGAGAUCGAGAGAAUAAGACAGGUUGAUGGCUUUUGUUUAUUUUAAUGGUGGAUGCAGGAAGCCAAGUCAUGUGCAAUUUUAUUUUGUUUUGUUUUUUAACCCACAACAAAAUACUGAAGUGCCCCAGGAGUCUGUUCAAACUGAAACACCGAAAAAUCACUAGAGAGGAAAGGCCUCAGCCACUCAAGAUGCUUUUGAAACUGAGGCAGAAGUAAGUCAGGUGGGAUUUUUUUGUAUUGCAGGCAGAUCUGGAUGUAUAACCUGCCUUCAACAGGCAGACAGGGAAUCUUCCAAUGAUGCCACCUACACAAUCGUCCUAUGCCCAAGACAAGAGGAAAAUCACCAGCGUUGCUGCCUUGAUUUUCAAGCGGUUUUAAGACUUUGUUUACAGUUUGCAACAAACUGACACUCACUACAGAUUUUCUCCAGGGCCUAUGGAACCCUGAACCAUGUCAGGAGAACAAUCUUACACUCAGACUUCUUUCCAAGAUGGGAAUUGAUCAACGAGAACCUUCUGGAAUGUUACAUGCAAGCCAAUGGGGUCAAGCAGGUUAAGUUACACCUGGGACUAAAUAAAACUCCACAAUCUACAAAUAACAGCACACAGGUUUCUAAAAUUAAUAAUAAUAAUAAUAAUUAAUAAAGCACAAGGAGCAGAACUUGAACCAGGCCAAAUUGAACUGAACUGUUCUAAAUCUGUACAUAUUUAUUUAUGUGUAAUUAAAUCUGAAAGUUUUAAAAUGUCCAGUGCAAGUUAUUUAUAUCUAAUUGAGUUGGGAUUUUUUUUUUUUUUGAAAGAGGAAAGUCUUUGGAUUUUCUGCCAUUAGAAAUGGGAAUGAAGUUUUGGAGUCACAGACCUGUAGCAUGGACAACAGGCUGUGAUGAUAAUGGCUAUCGAAGUUCUGCAGGGUUUUGUACUUGCUGUUGUUUCUCUGAGAGCUGCAAUCGAUGUACAACACACCACAGUGUCAUUCUCAUUAUCUUAAUAAACCUCUUUUUAUUUGAAGAAAACACCUUCAUGUUCUCUGGGACACUUGGUUUCUUCUGUUUCUGCCAGAAGGAAAAGUUCUAUAAAUCCAAGGGAGGGGAAGUCCCCUUUUGUUUUGUUUGUGUAGCUGACAUUUGACUGAAAUAAACUAUGGAUUAAUAGAAAUGAGCUGAGAGUUACCGGAGCUAGGAUUUACGCCCUGAUCCUGCAAAUAGCUGUACUUUGGGCAGGCCCCCUGCAAGAGCACAGAGCCAGUGGCAGGAUUGAAGUCUUUGAUUUUACUGAAGACAAUAGAGCAGAGAUGGGUUUACAAAAUGAGGAUCUGGAUCCCCACAAAGUUCUGGGGCGUUUGGAUCAAUGUUUUGGAUUCAGGAGACAAAGACCAUUGUGAAAUUCAGACUGGAAUUGGGGUUCAGAUUUUACGCACACACUUGCCAAGUUCUAGGGUGUUCAGAUCUGGAAUUUUGGCUCAGGUGUCUUGGUUCGGGCCUUUGUCUGCUUUAUAGAUAUAGUUUUCCCUUAGGAAUAUAGCAGAGGCUGAUGGAAAGUGUAGAGAAACCCUCAAAUGAUCGCAACAUAAACAUCCUUAAAAGGGAGAUGUUUGGCAACUUAAAAGGAAACGUGAAUUUUUUUAUAUUGAAAUCCUCUAGGGAUGGGCCCAAACUGGAGCCAUUUUUCCAAAUCAUCAUCCCUCCAAAAUGUUCAGCAUUCACAUCAAAUGGAAAUGGGUGGAGAAACAGCACUGAGUUUGUAGUUUGCAAAACUAAUCCCUAAACGACGAUGCUCUGCAAAACCAAAAGAGUCCUGACUUUGCCCCAUUGUUGGCAUCAACUUGCCCACAUUAAGAGAGAGACUUCAGAACAGGGAAUAUACAAGAACUGGUUGGGGGUAUGGGAGGCACAUCUGCUACAUGGCAUCGGAACAAUAUGACAUGGAUGCUGAUAUAUAAUCUAUAAACAUGCAAAGGUGAGUAUAGGGGGAGUGAGAAGUCAUUUCAUAGUCAUAGUCAUACAGGUGUUGCUUGUGUGAAUAGGCCACUCUGCAUAUACCAACUAAUUCUGGUGAGUGUUCUUGAAAUGCAACAGAGAGAAACAUUAG